AUGCCUAAGUUUUACUGUGAGUAUUGCGGUAUUUACCUUACGCACAGCUCUCCUGCUGGGCGUAAGCAGCAUUCCAUGGGUCGGAAGCACAUAAACAUGAAGGUGGACUAUUAUCAGAAAUUGGUACGAGAGCACUUUUUUCAACCACCACCUUACACUCUUGCGACACCUGCUCCUGGUGGUUUUCCUCCAAUGGUUCCUGGUGGAGUUCCGCCUGCUGUUCCUGGUGGAGUUCCGCCUGCUGUUCCUGGUGACUUACCCAAGGUUGGAGGUCCCAUGGGUUUCUUAGGUGAUCAUCAGCCGGGUAUGGGUGUGAUCCCUCCUGCUCCUCCGCUUCCAGGGGCGCUUUCACAUCCACCUCCACCUUACGGCGGUGUAAUGGGUGGUGUUAUGCCUGCUCCUGCCCCUCCUUACGGGAUGAGGUAG